UUUACUAUGUCGGAGACACGUAUAUUAUCCGAGUGUCACCCGUUUACCACUUCCAUACUCCGCACUCAUAGUACAGAGUACAGACAUUCGUGUGCCGAACCUCGGACGGAGAGUCACUUGUGUGUCCAGUUUUUCAAACAACUACAACUUCACGAUUCAUAAGACUGAUUCUGAUAGUAGGUACAACACCUACUACUAAACUGAAAAUAUAAUGAUUAUUUUAACUCAGCUUUAAAUAGCUUUAAUAAUAGUAAUAAAUUAAUCGAAACAAAUAUGGAAAUAGAAGUGCCCUUACGUGAUAUUGUGACUGAUGAAUACACAUCUAUUGUCUUUGAAUGUAAAGUAAGUGACUGCUCUAGAAGGUGUAUCUCAUAUAAAUGGUAUAAAGAUGGAAAACAAAUAGAAGCAACACGUAGAAUUAAAAUAAGCUACGACGGAAAAUGGCAUAGGUUAGAGAUAACGUCGGUUAUUACACAGGAUUAUGGAAUAUACAUUAUUUUAUUAAAUAAUAAUGGGAAAGAAAUAUUUUCUAAAGCAAAUCUAUAUGUCAGAGAGAUAAAAGACAUGCAAAAUAAUGAUGUAAUUUAUAUUAGUCCAAAGUCAUGGUGUUUUAAUGCUUCAAGGCAUUUGAGGUGCACAAAAGUAUUAGUAGGCAAUAUCAUAGAGUUAGAAGCAACAUUUAACGCCGAGUCCUCAGAUGAAUAUGUUUGGUAUAAGAGUAAUCGACCAUUACUACCAAAUGAACGUACUAUUGUAUUAAAUGAUAAAAAAACUACGACACUUUCUAUAUUGUGUGCCAAAGAGACAGAUACUGGUAUUUAUCAUGUGGUAUGUAAUUCAGAAUAUGGUAUCGCAUCAAGUUUUGCAAAUGUGAUUGUCUUGAAUACAGACCUCGAUACAAUAAACAGUAGUGAAGUUGUCCCAAGUAUAGAUGAGCCAUUGCAAGAGGAACUCGAAAUUAAUGAAGGAGAGGACGUACGACUUAUGUGCAAAAUCACGUAUGAUGUAAACACCGUAAUACAUUGGUGUAAGAAUGGAAUAACUCUUGAAAAACAAGAUAAUAAAGUCACAGAAUAUUAUAAUAAUAGAUACACUUGUUUGAGAAUAAAGAGUGCUUCCGUGAAAGACGGUGGCGAGUAUUCCAUACUAAUGAGAGAUGAAAUAACUGGUCAUACAGAUACAUCAAGCUGUUUUUUAACUGUAAACCAUUCUCAACCAGACAAAUUAAGUUCAGUUAAAUUGAGAACACCUUUAUUGCCAGUUGUAACAUGUAUCGGAUCUAAAUUAUCAUUAACUUGUAGUUUCUUUUUGGAUGAUCCAAAAUUUUAUUACGUUGUUUGGUACAUUGGUCAUUACAGGGUAGAACGGACAAACCACCGAUUUAACGUAGUGAGCAGUGGUGGAGAUUUUUUCUUAUUUAUCAAACAAAUAAAACCUGGAAUGGCAGGUGAAGUCACAUGCGAACUUCGAAAAUCGUUACCCAAUAGAACAUCAGUUUUAAUUAAUUGCACAUCAACAGUAUUAACUAUAGUGCCGCCUGCAGUUUUAAAUAAUAUAACAAAAUUAAAUAUGACUUCGAAGAACAACAUUUACUGCAAUGGAAAUUUUAAAAUUAAUAUUCCUUUUAAAAACAAGAAGCACGCUUUAAAUGGAAUUCAAAAACCCAUACUUUCUACAAACGACACGAAUAUUUGCAGAGAAGAACUGGUGAUCACAUAUUGCAGGCUAGAUGAUGACAAUUUUUAUUUUGAAAUUACUAAUAAUGAAAAUGAAGAAAGCAACCCUGAUUAUAGUAUAACUAUCUACGAAAAUUGUACUAAUGAGAAACAUCCAACAUCAAAAGUUGUUAUUAUGGAAUGGUUUAACACAAUGGAAAAAAACACCGAUGUAAACGAACCUAAGCUAAAAUGGUACAAAAUUGAAUACGGAAAAGUACGUGAUCAUUUUGUAGAAGCAGGAGUUUCAAGUUUAGCUAUGCUAGAGAUAAAGGAUCCUCCGUUAGAACAAAUUAUAAAAUUUCGUAUAAGUGUAACAGAUUCGAAACACCAGGCUGAUGAAUCAAGAGUUUGUAUAAUGCCAGCCAUUGAAGACUCUUAUAGAAUGAACAAACAAUGUGAAAUUAAACCUAUGGAAGAAUUUAAUUUAAUCUUUACGAAAACAGGCGAUUUAAUUGGUUGUGGCGCAUUUGGAAGUGUAGUUCUUGUUUGUGAUAAAGUAGGAGAAUUUUAUGCUGCAAAGAUUUUGAAGACUAGAACCCAAAAAAAGAGAGACACUGCUAUGAGGGAGUACGAAUUGUUGAAAAUUUUAAGACAUCCAAAACUAGUAGAACUUCACAGUGCAUUCACAGCAAAGGAAUCCUUUAUCUUAGUUAUGGAUUACCUUUGGGGCGGCGAAUUAUUCGACAGAAUAGUUGAAGAGGAACACAUCAAGGAACUCGACGUAGUACCCUACGUUAGGCAAAUCUGCGAGGCUUUGCAAUAUUUGCACAGUAACAAAAUUGUUCAUUUAGAUUUAAAGCCAGAGAAUAUUAUCUGCCUGAGUCCGAAUUCUCGACAAGUGAAAAUUAUAGAUUUUGGUCUAGCCAGAGUUUUAGACGCUACCCAUGUGAGAGCUAUAUAUGGAACUCGGGAUUACGUUGCACCGGAAGUAUUAAAUUUUGAGCAGCUGACUUUAGCCUGUGACAUGUGGAGUUUAGGGGUGGUUACUUACAUGCUACUGUCAGGAGUAAUGCCUUUUAGUGGAGACAGUUGGCCUGAACGAUCAGCAAACAUUACAAAGGCGAACUAUAACUACCAUGAAUCAGCAUUUAAAGAUAUAUCAGACUUGGCCAAAAACUUUGUUGAUCACCUUCUCAUACUUCAACCCGAGAGACGUAUGACGGCAGGCGACGCCCUGAACCAUAGAUGGAUAAUAGAAGGCCCACCUAAAGGUGCAAAAUCAGCAUAUAUGAAGCGAACGAGGCAAAACCUGAAAUCAUAUCUAGCUAAUAAUAGAGCUAGAUGGCAAAGAGCAGGCAAUGUAAUGAUAGCGGCACAUCGUCUACGUAACGCGGGCAGUCAGAGGAACACACUGGACGCUGACCGAGUUUCACCUAGCCCGACUAGAGUCUAGUCUAGACUUAGCUUAAGUUUUAUUAUCACCAUUACGGCUAUUGGUAUAAACAAUAGUGUAUUUAUUGCAACUGUGUAGCUUUGAAAUCUGCUGAUUACGAAAAUAGUCACAUCUUACCAAUUUAAGAUAUUAAUUCUUUCUUAUUAAACUUUGUUGAUGUAUAUGUUUCGGAAAUAACUUAUGAUUAAAAUUUUAUGUAAUAAACAAUAUUUUUUCACAUGCCAAAAACUUAAUAAUGUAAUAUUGGGUCACAGCAUUCGAGUCUAAAACUAUAAUGAUUUGGGCAGACAACGGCAGGACGGGACGCUAACGCGACGUUGACGUGACAUUUGAUUUGAUAUAGAACACGAUACACAGAGUUCUCGCGUUGCCGUCGCGCCCGACAUGUACUCGUAUACAACAGGAGCGUAAACAAGGGGCGGGCGGCGUGACGUCUCAAUUUGCGUUCUAUGAAUUUUUAUUUUAGCUGUCAAACAGAACAGGACAGAAAUAUGAUAGUAAAGUAGUUUGAUACUGUACAUGGCUACAUUUUUUGACAGAUUCGUUAGCAGCUUUGGAUCAUGAACUCCUAGUCCUAGAUCUAAAUUACCCCGUAUUGAAAGACGCAAGGCAAGGGGAGUCAGCACGCUCCCCGCCAUGCCGCCAUCGUCACGUCACCGUCCCGUCCCGUCCCGUUUGCUGUCUACCCCACAAAAGCUUUCCUAUAUCGGUGUUCUACCCAAACCGUAACUGUUCCCAAAUAGCAUUAUUAUUUUACUCUAAGUCGACGACUAUUAAUUAUUAGUAUUCCAUAUAAUAUAACAAUUUACAUCAUGAUAUUCAUGACGUGAAGUACGUCAUACUAUGUAAUUAUAUGUACUUAACUAAGUAAUAAUAGAUUUUAAUGUGUAAGAAAUAAAAUCAAUAAAGUACUGUUGUCUUCAUAAUAUGUUCAAUCUCUGACAGACAAA